AGCUUUUUAUGUUGCAGUUGCCUACAAGUACAAACCUGGUGAAGCUGAAGCAAAAGUAAGACGCUUUCGAUAGGCCCAGUUGUAUUUACAGUGGCAGUGCAAACAUGUAAAAAGAGACACGUACCACGUGCAAAAAUUUGAAUUAUGACGGCAACAAUGACGACGGCUUUGUGGAAUGACAAGCUCUACCAGACCCUGGUUGCCCGUCCCACCGGGCGACAGCGGCUGACGCAGGCUUUGCGAAACCAAAAGUCCCUGACGCAGCCGGUCCGGAUAUUCUGGGUAAAAACAUCCCCACCCCAGAGUUGUCAUGCGAAUCUGCAUGCCAAAAAUGUUUCUCAUGCGGAGCCCCAUGCGAAGCAUUUCCCGGUCGUGUUUUGGAGUUUGUGAUGCUCAAAUCAGCAUGAUAGGCUAGAUCUGUGAUGCUGCUGGAGCUAGCUAAACAGGAUUACACUACGGGGCCAAAUUUGUCAUGCGAAACAACCAAAGUUGGUUGAUUUGCCUAGCAGAUUUCCCAUCUUGACUCUGGUGUGGGGAUGUUUUUACUAAGGAUACCGGAAAGAGAUGGUCCUGGAAAUGACGCAAAAGUGGGUCGACACGCAACCGGAGCUUAGCGUCACCGAGUGGCUCAAAGGUAAAGAAGAGACUUGAUGUCGCAACAGAAGACUUGAUGUGCCAAAGUUGCAAAUUGAAUUUAGUGAUGUUGUUCCAACCAGCCAAGAUGCACAAGAUCUACCAGAAAUUUUUCUUUUCCGAUCAUACUGUCCCGGCUGGACCAGAGUUGGAAGUAAGAUGUUGCUCGAAGAUCCCGAAGCUCCGUUCCUGUCAAAAUAAUAACCCAGAAGCAACCUUUUUAUCGAUCCCGCUUUUCCACAUGACAAUAAUGCAGAAGCUCGCUCUCCUUCUACGGGAAGGACUUUUUCCGGCCCACUGGGUGCCGAGGGGAAAUAGUAACCGUUUUGACGAUCCCACAGUGGCAGCAACAAAUCUGAGAAGCAAACGGCAUAGCACAAUCCCCCCUACUAGUUUUGGAGCACAUCGCAAAGCGGAGAAGAAGCAGGGUUACAGGGCAGGGUUAAGGGUUUUAGGGAGGCAACUGGGCGAUGCAGGGCAUAACUCCGUGUUUUCCUGUGUUUCCCGGUGGCGUUUGGCGUACCGUUACUAGAGCCUAGGCUCGUGUAAUGUAGGCAGGAAGGGCAAGAAGAAGCGUCUUGCUUAGGACCUGUCAUAUUUAUGGAGCCUGUUCUGACGCAAGGAAGGGCAAGCAGAGGCGGCUUGUUUAGGACCUUGUGGUUGUGCGGAGGUUGAUUGGUGCAGUACGGAUGAGGAGGUAGUAUUGCGCCUCUCUGAAGCCUGAGUUGAUUGAAGGCUUCGGCUUUCCUUCUCUCAAGCAACUCCCCGAGCUCGUUGGUUCACAGCUAAGAAGGGUUUUGUUUCUUCGAGCUCUGGUGGUGAUAAGUUGAAACACUAUUCGCCAGCCAUUUACAAGCAGGAGCAUAGAUAGUACGUUUAAAAACAGUUACUCGCUCGCCUAAAGAAGCGAGCACCCGAUUGAAUUUAGUACCUGUUUUUUCUAUCGCUAUCUUCCCUUUCUUGUGCUUGACAGGUAUCGGCCUGGGUGGCGACGAUGCGUUGUUAGAGCGGGCAGCAGAGCAAUACGACAACAAAAUGGAAUUUCUGUUGCAGGACGAGUUUCCUGCCGUGCUUGCGGUUGAAGAGGACCCCGAAAAGCUGCAAGAAGAGAACUUUGACGGGUGGGCCACGUUGGAGCUUUCCGAGGAUGUAUUCUCGAAGGUCCGCAUACUCCACGGCAUUGAGCAAAUCCGCAGAAACGGGCUCGCCAGCGAGGCGACCCGGAUCCGGUUACAGCGAAAGCUGGAUGACAUAGAAGAGCGGCAAACGCUGAAAUACGGGAACCCGCAGGGCAAGACGCAGAAGGUCGGGCGACGGUAUCUGGGGGGUAACUCGACCUUGCGGACGAAUCCGAUACAGGAGUUCCUGGAGUCCGUCGAUAACCGAGUGGUACUUAAUUUUUACGAGGAUGUGUUCCUGUGAAUGACUUUGUAAAAUUUCAAUUUUUUUCGGCACUGCUGGUAGUUGUGCAUUUCAAAAGAGUUUUGCUUUUGCAUUUCUCAAUUUGAAAUCAUGGCAAGAAAAUGAUCAUGUUGCUGGAAUAGGAAUUCAUCAUCGUGCUACUUAAAUCUUAAAUCAAUGAAAGGCAACGAAAUACGUCCGAGUGCUUUCGCGGGCGUUUGCCUAUUUGGAAGAUGUUGACGAGACGGCGAUUUUCUUUCUCGAGCACGCCGGCUGCAAGGUACUCGCCUGGGAACGUAUGGCCCUCCUGCAGGCUAUCCGGGACUAUCGCGCAAGCAGAAGGAAGUAGGUCCUCUCCUUCUCCGCGUGUCGCACGUAAAUGCAAGUUGAAAUUCAAACGCGAGGACGUAUGGAAAACGAAAUUUUAGAUGCUAGGCAUAAAAACAUGUAGCAUUGCAGUCACGGAAGCGAGUGUCGUUGUAGCCGGAGUGGAGCGACCGUUUCGAGCUUCUAAAUGGUACAAGCUGCAGUUGAAUCUGGGCGUGUAGAAUUUUUUGCGGAUCAACAGCGCCAGCACUGAAUGCGAACUAACAAACUACUCCAUCAUAGAAAACGCAUUGUUUCUGCAGUAAUGGAUCUCCUUCUCUAAUAGACGUCCUGCUGAGAUCUACUGCCCACGACGGUUUUGUACCUCGGGAACCAGUUUCACGACAUAGUAGUUGCAGGUUGAAAAUAAAAAGCGUUUGCGGUUACGCAGCACAAUAACAACAAUACCAAUAAGUGGCUUUGUAUCGUGCUGCGUGCUCUGGCGAUAGCCACGAGCAGCGCGCGACGGUAAU